AGAUUCACACACACACACACACACACACACACACGUACGGUAGUGGCAACGGAAUAACAAAUACUAAAAAGCACCCAUAUUAUCAAGUUAAGUGUCGCUUUAGCUCCACUUAGCAGACAAUAAUCAAAGUCGCCACGUCUCCUUCGGUGUGUCUACGGCAUACACGCCUGCAAAUACGACCACGCUAUUACUUUCUACACAAGUUACCCCUGAUACAAUACGCUGACUUUUUGCCUCCCUCUUGUGUUUGAUUCUAGCGACCUUUUUUUUUUCUUCUCCCCACCCCGCGAUGUCGUCUGCGAGCUGGUCACACUGUGGCCGAAUCCUCCUCAACGCGUCCCGUGUGUACUACCUGCCCGAUGAGCCCUCCCUCCCUCCGCUGCGCUGGAUGGCGGAGAAGCAGCGGUUUGAGUACUUGAGCAGCGCGAACAGCGAGGAUGUGGAGCUGCGCGCCUCUAUCACCGAACUGGCGCAGGCGUGCUCCCAGCUGUACCACCUGCAGUCCGUCCAACAGCAGUCCAUCGCGGCCUCGCUCAGCUGCUACCUGCCCUGCGAGGCUCUCUAUGGCGUCCUCCCGCUCGGCUCCGUCAACUCCGCUCUGAUCUACGUGACCGAGAAGGAGUACGUGUGCACCUUGUCCCUCGGCGGGGCGACGCACGAGGUCUACGCGGUACGGGGACUGCAGUGGCUCAAUUUACCCGGUGUGACCUCUACAGCGCUGUCGCAGCGGGAGCGUCGACGGCGGGAGCGGCGCCCACGCGGCCGGCGCGGCGGCGGCGAUGGCGGUGGUCGAAGUGCGGCAAGCGACGGCGCAUCGGAAAGGGACGCCGCCGCUGACGCUGCGGAUCCACGUGGAGGCGGCAAGGCGAAAGGGAACGAGAGUCGCGGCUCCAAUGUCUCGGAGAGCGGCGCCGAUGAGGAGGAAGGGGAGUCCUCUGCCACAGACACCGACGCGGAAGACGCGGAGGAUGAUGCGCCGGAGGAGGUCGGUCGCCUUCCCAGCAAAACCGUGAACGACUACCUCGCCGUUCUGCACCGUUUUUGUGAGUCCGUGAACACGCAGGAUGGCGGGCAGCACGCCGAAACGCGACGCGCUGCGAAUGCGAAAGGAGAAGCCGCGACGGCGUCCGAGCUGCCGGGGAUCAUCGGACCCGCGGAGAAAUUCUCAUAUCUGUACUACUCCUCCACGCUGGAUCUCAGCGCGGAUCCGGUGCACUUGCUAGGACUCAUCACCCACACUCUCCAUCCGAGUCUUGCUCUCAGCCCCGCCGGGAAGGGUGAGGUUGACGACAACUCGCUCUCCUCCACCGCCAACCACGAAAACGGCGGCAGUGACAUGUACUCCAACCUGGUCGACACGACGAAAGUGUUGUGGCACGGCUUCAACGCCACGGGUAACCACCACGCCUGGGAAGAUCUCCGCGCGGCCGCGACGGCACGCCAGCUCUACCAGUGGAAUGGACCUCUCCUAUCCGACGGCUUGGCUCUCCCCUCCAUGGCCGCCCUCCGAGGCGAGUUCUACGCCGGCUACCGUGGCGGCAACACAGACGUGUCGGAAGGGGCAGCGGAGGAGGCAGCCGCGUUGCCGUGGCGGGGCGUCUGCGCGGAGGAGGUGCAACGAGACGCACGGUCGGGGCAUCAUAACCACGUGGACCACCACGUCAACUUCAACACGACGGCCGCCACAGCUGCCCCUACGCAGUCGCCCUCCUCCGUGCCGCUGUACCUGCCCUCCUUUAUCCGCGGCCUCGUCGCGCAGGCCGACGCGUCGCCGACGUUGGCCAUGACCCUUCUCAACUGCACGUGCUGCCGUUGGGCGGGCACGCGGUACAACCGGCGCGGCCUCGAGCCCGGGCACAGCGGCGUGGUGGCGAACAUGUCCAUGACGUCCCUCUGGGUGACCCCCCGUUCACGUGAAGCAGCUGUUCCUGCGGAAGAAGAAAAAGACAGCGAGGCGUCUGGACCUGCCGCACCCUUUGCGGUGUACACGGUGAUGCGCGGCUCCGUUCCACGUCGGUGGGAGCAGCCAGCCAACCUUUCACUGAAGCCCACCAUUAAAAUAUCGCCCGUCGGGAACGCAGCGGAGGAGUUCGGCCGGCACAUUCGUCUACUAAAGCAGUGCUUGCCGUGGAUGCACACCCUUUUCUGUCUUGACACAAUGUCGACGUCGGCGCUGGAGGAGCCGCUCGCAGAGGGGUUUGCCGCGGCGGUGCGGCGCUAUGUCGAAGGCACGCCGAAAGUCACCUCCCCUGCCGCCAGUCUCAUGAUGGACGACAAGGACGCGACGCACCUUGUGGCGGCUGCGGCUGCGGAGGAGAACGGUGGCGGCGUAGCGGUCUCAGCAAACACGCCUGAUAGCGAUCCGUCAGUCAAGUUGGUGAAGUUCAACGUGAAACGAGAACUGCAAACGCACGAUUAUGAUGAGAUGGUGCGGCGCUGCGUGGCGGAGCUGGAUGGCGCAGCUGACGCCGACACAUGGCUGGAUUUCACGAAAGGCACCGCACGGGCGUUUUCGGACGACGAGGACGACGCGGAGGAGGAUGGCGGCAGCGCAUGGCCGAGCGACGUCCCGACUGUUGCACCACGGCUCCGAUUCGACCACUUGCAAUCGCGACUUGUGCGUGUGAAUUGUCUGGACUGUCUCGAUCGCACGAACCUGGUGCAGAGCAUCCUGCUCGCGGCGGUGCUCCCGCGCAUGAUGGCAUACGUGAAUGGCGGCGCUUUGAAGUUAAACGGCACGGUGUCCGACAGCGGCAAGACGGGUGACGGGGUGGAUUUGUGUCUUCACCAUCCCGCCUACGCCGCGGCCUCGCACCGUCUGCGGAUGCUAAUGGCGGCACAAGGGACCGCCAUCUCGCAGCUCUACGCCGGCACCGAGCCGCACUUUGUCCCCUACAUGCUGGACGGACAUCAUCACUGGGCGCAUAAAGCCGUCGAGGGGGUUCUGGCGCAGCGUCGGUGGUAUCAGCAGAACUUCUUCGACGGUGUCAAGCAGGACGGCAUCUCUCUUGUAACGCGGCAGCACGACCCGCAGGUGUUUAACGCCGACAUCGAGAGCCCGUUUUCGCGCGACCUCAGUGGGAUGAACCGGCAGGUGAUGUAUGGACUGCUUCUGGGGAUUCUCCCCUUCAUUUACAGCGUGAUGAUGUGCUUCUCCGAGCACCACUACGCCUCAUCGGUGUUUCAGCUGCAUUUUGCGAUCUGCCUCUGUUGGGCGUUGUAUAUUUCGAUUCUGUACAGCAAACUGAUGCGUUAUCGUGUGACGUACACCAAUCGACCGUUGCUGCUGUACACGCGGCAGGUGGAGUGGUGUUAA